AUGGAGCAUCGGGCCCGCGGCUGGUGGCUGCUGUGCGCGGCCGCUGCGCUCGCCGCCUGCGCCCGCGGGGACCCGGCCAGCAAGAGCCGGAGCUGCAGCGAAGUCCGCCAGAUCUACGGCGCCAAAGGCUUCAGCCUGAGCGACGUGCCGCAGGCGGAGAUUUCGGGUGAGCACCUGCGGAUCUGCCCCCAGGGUUACACCUGCUGUACCAGCGAGAUGGAGGAGAACUUAGCCAACCGCAGCCGCACCGAGCUGGAGACCGGGCUCCGCGACAGCAGCCGGGCUCUGCAGACCAUGCUGGCCACCCAACUGCGCAGCUUUGAUGACCACUUCCAGCGCUUGCUGAACGGCUCGGAGCGAGCACUGCAGGAUGCCUUCCCCGACGCCUUCGGGGACCUGUACUCACAGAACGCCAGGGCCUUCCGGGACCUGUACACAGAGCUGCGUCUCUACCACCGCGGUGCCAACCUGCACCUGGAGGAGACGCUGGCCGAGUUCUGGGCCCGUCUACUCGAGCGCCUCUUCAAGCAGCUGCACCCCCAGCUGGUGCUGCCCGAUGACUACCUGGACUGCCUGGGCAAACAGGCUGAGGCCCUGCGGCCCUUCGGGGAGGCCCCGCGUGAGCUGCGACUGCGAGCCACCCGCGCCUUCGUGGCUGCACGUGCCUUCGUGCAGGGCCUGGGCGUGGCCGGUGACGUGGUCCGGAAGGUGGCGCAGGUGCCCCUGAGCCCUGAGUGCUCCCGGGCCAUCAUGAAGUUGGUCUACUGUGCCCACUGCCUGGGGGUGCCCGGUGCCCGGCCCUGCCCCGACUAUUGCCGCAAUGUUCUCAAAGGCUGCCUGGCCAACCAGGCCGAUUUGGAUGCCGAGUGGAGGAACCUCCUGGACUCCCUGGUGUUCAUCACAGACAAGUUCUGGGGCCCAUCGGGCGCAGAGAAUGUCAUCAGCAGCGUGCACAUGUGGCUGGCCGAAGCCAUCAGCACCCUUCAAGACAACAAGGACACGCUCACGGCCAAGGUAAUCCAGGGCUGUGGAAACCCCAGGGUCAACCCCCAGGGCCCUGAGCCCGAGGAGAAGCACCGCAGGGGCAAGCUGGAACCCCAGGAGAAGGCACCGUCCAACACACUGGAAAAGCUGGUCUCUGAAGCCAAGGUCCAGCUCCGAGAUGCCCAGGACUUCUGGGUCAGCCUCCCUGGGACAAUGUGCAGUGAGAGGGUGGCCGUGAGCUCUGCCAGUGAUGACCGCUGCUGGAAUGGGAUGACCAAGGGCCGGUACCUCCCUGAGGUGAUGGGCGACGGCCUGGCCAACCAGAUCAACAACCCCGAGGUGGAGGUGGACAUCACCAAGCCGGACAUGACCAUCCGGCAGCAGAUCAUGCAACUGAAGAUCAUGACCAACCGGCUGCGCAGCGCCUCGGCGGGCAAAGAUGUGGACUUCCAGGACGCCAGUGACGACGGCAGCGGCUCGGGAAGCGGCGGCGGCUGCCCAGAUGACAUCUGCGGGCGGAGGGACAGCAAGAAGGGCUCCAGCUCGCGGACCACCGCGUCGCACGCGCUCCCCGGCCUGUCAGAGCGGGAGGGGUCGUCGUCCGCCGCCGGCCGCCCCCAGCCCCGCACGUCCCUCCUGCUGCUGCUGCCCCUCACGGUGGCCCUCGCGGCCGGUGGGCCCCGGUGGCGGUAAUGCCGCCUACCCCAGGGCCUGGCCGAGGGCGGACUUUGCCAAAACGCAGAACAGACACUAUUUAAU